AUGCUUGUACGAGCUGCAGGGCGGAAAGCUCGUGGCAACCCAAUUGUUGACAGGCUUAAACGUCAACAGACAUAUCUUUCAUUUCUAUAUCCAAGCAGUAAUUUGAACGAAGCUGUCUCAAGCCGCAAAAUUCAUGUUGACUCGGCGUCCCAAGCGACCGGCCUUCGACAAACGCGAAACUCAAGAGCAAACUCUACAAAACUUCCAUCGCGGUCAUUGGCAACAGCUGUAAACCAGUCAUUCGAGGAACUUCCCUUUGAGGGCUUUCAAAAUCUACCAUCGCAAAAUUAUGCGUCGUUCCCGUUCAGUUUGCCCGAACUUCAACAACCAAUUAUAAUUCCAGAUGAUGGAGUAAUAGCUCCUAUAAGACAUCGACGUAGUGGUGUUGAUGCGGUUGGUGGUACUCAAGAUGAAGUUAUAGCAUUACUUUAUGCCUGUCUCCAGGUUGGAAGAAUAGAGCGUGCAAGUGUGAUAUUCAAACGUAUAGCACAAAUGCCAGACGUGGAUAGGGAGACACUUCUACAUCUACAAAAUCAUUACCUACGAGCUGCAGUUCACGAAAUCAUGAUGAAACCAUCGGAACAAGCAACACAAUCUUUACACAAGUGGUUCGAACUCGAAGUACGAAAUAAGAAUCUACCACAGGAUGCCUUGACGGUGGCAUAUAUGCUCAAAGCUUCACUUCAAUCACCACCGGGUCAGCGACGCGAAAGACUGGUCUCGAGAUAUAUGGAUAUGGUUCAAGGGGAUGCAGGUUUAGAAGUUCUCGCAUGUAAUGUUUUGUCACCCCACGAAUUGGACAUGAUCAACCAUAUUUGCCCAAAGUACAACCUGGCAGAGGGACUUGGAGACAUGAAGGAUAUCUUUGUCUCCGAGGCACCGGAAUCCAGAGCGGUAGACCCUUCCGAUGGAGUUCUACAUUACCCUGAUAAAAUAAGCGCUUCGGUUCCAGAAGUUCGCCAAACCGAUCAAAAGGGUCUCGGACUAAAGUCAUUGAGGAAAACGUUGUCGCUGUUUUCCAGUUUACCAUCUGCAGGUUUUGACAUGUCAAAAAUGACUGAGGAACAGCAUCGUGAUAUCCAGUCACAGCUGGAAGAAGAUGCUGUACAGGCUGCCAUAGAUCGUUGGAGAGACGAGAGCUCGAAUCUGGCAAAGCUGGGAUUAAAUACAACACUACAAUCGAAAUCACUGGGUGCGAGGAUGUGGAAAUGGCAAUUAGCUUUGACAGCAGCUUUGGAAGAAGAACUGAAAGCCAUUGAUGAGGCAGAAGCGAAGCAGCACAGAAGUGCGGCAGAUAUUAGUAGAUGCGAAUAUGGGCCCUUUUUACGCUACCUUCCUGCUGAAAAGCUCUCGGCGCUGACCAUUAUAAGCCAUAUGCAUGCUUUAUCAUCGUCCGGGAUCGACAAAGGUCUCACUCUAUCAUUUGCCAUCUUGCAAAUCGCCAAGAGUGUAGAGGAUGAGAGCAUUUUUGAAUCCAUCCAGCAAAACAAGGCGAAGCCCCUUUUCCGCGAUAGCCCAGCCGACAGGGCUCGAAUGCUCCGAAUACUCAAAAGUAGAGCACGUGGUGCUAGUGGGGAAUCGAUCGAUGAAAACCACUCCACAAACCAUUCAUCUGAAGAAUUUGUUUUAUCUCAGAUUCGUUCCAGGGAGUGGUCCAUCGGAAUUAGAGCUAAAGUUGGAUCUUUCUUAUUGGAAUCUUUGUUGAAGGUUGCUAAAGUUCCGGUCACAUUGAAACACCCUGAAACCAAUGAGACGGUUACUCAGAUGCAGCCUGCCUUCUCUCAUGGCCAACAAUACAGGUUGGGUAAAAAGCUUGGUGUUAUCAAUGCUAAUAAAGUCAUUGUAGAACUACUUAAGCGCGAGCCUGUUCACAGUCUUCUUGCAAAACAUCUUCCCAUGCUUGUAAAACCUGAGCCAUGGACUGGGUUCAGUUCUGGUGGCUUCCUUAGACACCCCGGAAAAGUCAUGCGCGUCAAGAAUGGGGACCAAGAUCAAAGGAAUUAUGCGGAUGCUGCUAUCGAUCAGGGGAAUUUGACUACGGUUUUCAGAGGCCUCAAUAUACUAGGAGAGCAAUCGUGGAAAAUAAACCAGCCAGUUUUUGAUGUUAUGCUAGAUGCCUGGAAUUCCGGGGACGCCAUUGCGAAUCUUGCUCCGGACAAGCCAAGACUCGAAUACCCUCCCGAGCCCGAAACGUCUUCCGAUCCACUCGAACGCCGAAGAUGGGUCACUGCGGUUAAGAAAGUAGAAAAUGCCAAAGCAGGUUUUCAUUCCCAACGCUGUUUUCAAAACUUCCAACUAGAAAUCGCUAGAGCUCUCCGCGAUAAAACUUUCUACUUCCCACACAACGUGGAUUUUCGAGGAAGAGCAUAUCCAAUUCCUCCAUACCUUAAUCACAUGGGAGCAGAUCAUUGUAGAGGACUUAUGAUAUUUGGAGUCGGGAAGAAACUUGGCACUUCUGGUCUAAAGUGGCUCAAGGUUCACCUCGCCAACGUAUAUGGUUUUGACAAAGCAAGUCUUUCAGAGAGAGAAGAAUUCGCAAGCAAACACAUUGACGAAAUUUAUGAUUCGGCGACGAACCCAUUGGGAGGCGAUAGAUGGUGGCUACAGGCUGAAGAUCCGUGGCAAUGCUUAGCAGCAUGCAUGGAAUUAAAGAACGCGCUUGAAUCUGGAGAUCCAGCUAGCUUUGUCUCAUAUCUACCGGUUCAUCAGGAUGGAACUUGUAAUGGCCUUCAACAUUACGCAGCCUUAGGCGGUGAUGUAUGGGGCGCCCAGCAAGUAAAUCUCGAGCCUGGUGAUCGCCCGGCGGAUGUAUAUACUGCGGUCGCAGAUCUGGUAAAGGAGAGCAUCAAGAAAGAUUUGCUUGAGGGGCAUUCCAAAGCCAAAAUUUUAGACGGAAAAAUAACUCGAAAGGUUGUUAAACAAACUGUUAUGACUAAUGUCUAUGGCGUGACCUUCAUUGGAGCUAAGGCACAGGUUCGAAAGCAGCUUGUAGCAGCUCAUAGGGAUUUGCCAGAUGAUACCGAAGACAAUCCCGGCACUCUAGCUUCUUAUGUCGUCACCAAAAUCUUUACCGCUCUCUCGACCAUGUUUCGAGGAGCGCACGAUAUUCAGUACUGGCUCGGAGAUUGUGCAUCUCGGGUCUCAAGUAGCUUGACACCUGAGCAAGUUAACCGCAUAGUUGAACAUGCCUCCAAGCAAAGCGCACGUCCUUCUAAGGGCGAUGCAUCAAAAUUAGAGGAGAUGUCUCAAUUCAAAUCAAGUGUCAUAUGGACUACACCAUUGAACCUGCCAGUGGUUCAACCUUACCGAACCAACAAAUCACGGCUAGUACGCACGAGCCUUCAACUUCUCAGCUUAGCUGAACCACAUCGGUCGGAUCCCGUGAGCAGUCGUAAACAACUUCAAGGAUUUCCACCAAAUUUCAUUCACUCCCUUGAUGCAACGCAUAUGCUUCUCUCAGCUGUGAAAUCCAACGAAGCAAAGCUAUCGUUUGCUGCUGUCCACGAUUCGUUUUGGACGCAUGCCGCUGAUGUUGAUACAAUGAAUACAAUCUUGAGAGAUGCUUUCGUCGAAAUACACAGCGACGAUGUCAUUGGGCGCUUGGCAGCAGAGAUGGCUACCCGGUACAAGGAUUACAUGCAACUUGUGAAAGUCAAGUCGGGAACACUAGCACAUCGUAAAAUUUUUCAAUAUCGCAAAUCCCUCAAGCCAUCCAAGAGAGGAAAGAUCCACGAGUUAUUGAUAGAGGUGGAGAGACGGCGUCUUCUUCGUUCAUCCAACCCGGAGGAAGUAGAAGAAGGUAAGCGCAUGGUUACACCAGCCAGUAUAUACGAAGCAAUGACGGAAGAGGUCGAGCUUGAUCCGGAAAUGGAUGUUAAAACCGUAGGUUUAGGAAAUAUGGUCAACUCGAGGUCAGCCACAGAGCAUGAUACUGUCAGCACAUGGGACACUGGCGCCACAGAUGAAGCUUUGGAAGAGGCUCUAGAAGAUAACCCAGCCAUUGAAUUGGAGGCAGCAGAGGAAAUUUCAGAAGAGGCAGAGUCAACGAUCGUACACACAUCCGGUUUUGAGGCAACAAUGAAGCCAAAGUCUCGGGGGCAAGCCCGCAGUGAGCUUCCUCAGUUGGUUUGGCUUCCACUGAAGUUCGCUCCCGUUCCUAAGAAGGUAAGCAAACUCUAA